AUGCUUCUGUCUUCCAUUGGACCCUUGGCCUUGCUUUUUGGCCUGUCCGCUGCUGGCAUCUACCCUCCCGACGUGGUGGACAAGCUUGCCGAGGAUGGCAUGGUGAAACUCAAGGAGUAUAUGUCCAUGAACCCCGCCAACGGCGGAUGCACGCUUGAGACGGCCGUUAAGCGGAAAGAAUGGAGCGACUUGUCCAUCGAAGAGCGCAAGGACUACAUCCAAGCUGUUCUAUGUUUGCAGUCAAGGCCUGCCAAGACUUCAGCAAGAGCACCAGGAGCCAAGAGCCGCUUCGAUGAUUAUGUUGUCGUCCAUAUCCAGCAGACACCUGCUGUCCAUGGAUCUGUCAGUCCUCCCAGUGUCAUCAUCUCCUCUCCUUAUGGAAACCGUUGCGAAAUUAACUGCCCUUGCAGACCUAUUUCCUACCUUGGCAUCGAUACUAUGUCUGGCACUACGAGAAUGCCCUCCGAGAGGAGUGUGGCUAUAGCGGAUACCAGCCUGUAA